AUGCUGAACAAGACAAUGGAAUCACUAGAGGGCAUGUAUGGCCGUAGUACGGUAGUUGCACUUACGGUGAAAUUUGAUAGGCCUGAUGCGAAAAAGACAUUGUUAAUUUAUGACCGUGAUAACCGACAGCAACUAAGCUCCUAUGGAAGGAACUCCGGCUUCAUUCAGGAAGGUCAUGCUGCCCCCACACGACCCGCCGGCUCCCCCGUCUCCUCCUGGUGCCCUGGUUUGCUGCGUGCCAUUUGCAUUUGA